GGUCGUUUCGUCAACGAUUGGCACACGAGCCAUCCGUCCGAGUUGGCUUUCCCCACGUUCCGAGCGAACCAUCUAUCUCAAAGGGACAACCGGUCGUGUGGCUUUUGCAUCCGCACCACCUCAUCUAGCAUCGUCAACGUAAGCGGAUAAGCUGCUCCUGACCCUUGCUCAAUUCUCCACCGACGCAGCGUCACUCUGACGCUGAUCAUUCGAUCUUCGGAAGCUGCUCUCGCCGCUCCGUAUAGGGAUCAAGACAAGCUCUGCUCUGCGCGGGUAGCACCUCAUACCACAAGCUCACUCGCCGUCCACUUGAUCUCCUCCGAAAUAGCGCUUUUCUUUCAACCCGCCCAAAGUGCUUGCCGAACAUGCCGGGAACUAGCACGGCGACAACGGACAGUGCUUCGACCUCGGCUACGACUGAUGCCACUUCCGUGGGGGGCAGUCAAGCUCAGAGCUUGUCCAAAGAAGGAAGCGGCAGCAAUGCUGCUGCAGCCUCUACAGCACCAGCCGAAGCUGCUGGCGAUGUGAGCGCGGAAGAGUUGGAAAAGGCGCCCGAGGCUGUGCAAAUGACGGACGAGGAGGAGCUGACGGCUGCUGGUGAGAAGGACAACAGUGAAGGCUCAAAGAUCAAGACGCUGCUCGGAAUUCUCAAGCGCAUGAUCGGCGUCAAGGAUAUUGCUGCCAUUCGACUCUCCCUCCCUGCCAAUCUGCUUGAGCCAGUGCCUAAUCUGGAAUACUGGAACUACCUCGACCGAGGCGACCUUUUCACUACCAUCCCAGACUUUGACGAUCCGCUAGACCGAAUGCUGGCAACGCUGCGAUUCAUGUUCACGAAGGAACUCAAAUUCGUACGCGGCAAGAUCUGCAAGCCUUACAAUUCAAUUCUGGGGGAGCAUUUCCGGUGUCAUUGGGAUGUGCAAAUCCCUCGUAUCACGGAUGAGGGAGACAUCGUGCCGCUGCAGAAUGUCUCUGUAAGCGAGCCUAAGCCUUUGCAGCAGUCUGCAUCCACGAGAGCCUUCAAGUCUACAUCUCGAGCCUCUCGGCAAGGCGCUACCGAGACUGGCAAUUCGCUUAGUCCAGCUUCGGCAGGCGAUGGAGGCAAAGCUGCAAGCCGACCUGGAUCUAUCAGAAACGUGAGCACCAACACAGUUGCAACCUCUGCCAGCACGGCCGGAUCUACAGAUGAGAGCAAAGCGAAAAAGGGUCUGAGCAGGUUCCUAGGCAGACGCACGACAAACCAGAGUAUCGCCGAGGCCAGCCAAACGGCGGAGACAACCGCCGCAGCAACACCGAGGAUAGAGACGACUGACUCAGCAGGCAAGAAUCAGAAUGGCGAUGAUGACGACGACGACGACGCAGGAUCCUUCAAGACUUCCAAGAGCGACGGGCCCGAGGCGCCUCCCGGCCUGUCACAGGGCCAGCGCCGCAUCACAUUCCUCACAGAGCAGGUUUCGCACCACCCUCCCAUCUCUAGUUUCUUUGUGGAGUGCAAGCAGAGCGGCGUUCAGCUCUGCGGCGUUGACCAGCUGAGCGCCAAGUUUACGGGCACAUCUGUGCGAAUUUUCUCCGGAGACCAGAAUCAAGGCAUCUUUGUCAAGCUGCUCGACAAUGCCAAGGGGCCUGCUGGGGAGGAGUAUCAGGUGGAACACCCAACUGCGAGUGUCAACGGAUUGUUGAGGGGUUCUCUCUGGGUCGCGAUCUGCGACACCCUCUCCGUCACUUGCCGAGGGGGUGUUCGAGAAGGCGAGACGGCCGAUGAAGAUGGACGUGGAGCUGGACCUAGGCUUAGAGCGCUUUGCGAAUACAAAGAUGAGAGCUGGGUGUUGAAGGCCAAGUACGCCUUGGAGGGUGUGAUCUACGAGUACGAUGAGAGCAAGGGUCAGCCUGCCACGGAAUUCGACAAGGUCCGACAAGUCCCUCAAGAUCGCAUCGUGGCCACUUUUGAGGGCUCCUGGAAAGGCCAGAUCACAUGGAAGAAGAAGGGCGACAAGGAGCCUCGAUUGCUCAUUGACUUGAACGAGCUCGAACCCGGACAAAAAGCUGUCAGGCCCUUGUCCGCUCAAGAGCCUUAUGAGAGUCGCAACAUCUGGGAGCCGGUCACUACUGCUAUUCUUGCCAAGGACUUUAGCGCGGCUACCAAGCAUAAGCAAGAGAUCGAGCAGAAGCAGAGAGACGCCGCGGCAGACAGGAAAAGGAAAGAUCAGCAAUUCGUCCCGAGAUUCUUUGAUGCGGACAUCACCGAUGGCAGACCUAGGCUCACCGCAGCUGGACGUGAGGCGCUGGAUGGCGAAGGCAGACUGGAAGGCUACUGAUACACUCUUAAACAGCAUCUAUCCUGUUCACAUACGGUUUUCAUGUCACGGUCCUGCACCUUGCCUGAGGAUGGGAUCCUCGAACUUCGUGAUGCCACUGCUUCAUGUCUCUCCUUCUCCGCUGACCACUGAGGCUCUAAGAGUGGUCAAGGAAAUGCAAGGCAGAGGCCCUGCGUGGCAUGUUCAGACCUCCUUGCCCCUUGCUCCUGAGAUCGAAAGACACAUACCAAAUCUAUGAACUUCGCACGCAAUCACAUCAACUCGCACGCCCUCUCCCGUCACCUUGUGCGUCGCACGCAGACGAACGCCAGAAUCGCUGCUGGAAACGUUCAGAUGCUCGGAGAAUCGUAUGUUGAUUACGA